AUGCCUGUCGACAACCCCGAAAUUAUCCAGACCGCAGCCUUGGGCGACCUACAUGCUGACCAAGGCCGGCGCGUGUCUGUCUCCCAAAAGGUCGACGACAAGACAUUUCAGUCUGCUAUUCGUCGUCCGUCUGAGGCCGACAACAUCCCCACCGCGGAAGAACUUCACGGACCCCAUGCGCUGCGACGAGUUCCGGCUCCCAUUCCGUUAAAGGUCUAUACCGUCGCGUUUAUCGAGCUGUGCGAACGCUUCUCAUAUUACGGGACUCAAGUCGUCUAUUCCAACUUUGUGAACCAUUCCCUCCCUCCGGCUCAUGGUGGUCCCCCUGGAUCGCAUCACAACACUGGUGCAGGUGGUGGCACCGAACAGGGAAUUUCUGGUGCUUUGGGCCAGGGCCCCCAAAUCGCCAAUGGCAUCAACACCUUCAAUACCUUCUGGGUCUACUGCGUUCCCCUGUUGGGUGCGUACAUGGCAGAUGAGCACUGGGGGCGAUACAAGACCAUCUGCGUCGCAAUCGGCAUCGCCAUUGUCGGUCACAUCGUCCUCGUCAUUAGCUCGAUUCCUCCGGUCAUCGUUAACCAGGACGCCUGCUUCGGCGUCUUCAUGCUUGGCGUCAUCAUCAUGGGCUUGGGCACAGGUGGCUUCAAGCCCAACAUUUCACCCCUGGUCGUGGAACAGAUCAACAUCACCAAGGCCUUUGUCAAGACCCUCCCGCACGGCGAACGAGUCAUUGUCGAUCCAACCAUCACUCAGUCCCGGAUCUACCAUUACUUCUACCUGUUCAUCAACAUCGGCGCACUCGUCGGUCAGAUUGGCAUGAGCUACAGUGAGAAGUACGUCGGUUUCUGGCUGGCUUACCUCCUGCCUACGGUGGCCUUCAUGACGACCCCCUUCAUCAUGUGGUGGGGUCGCAAACGAUACCAGCAAAAGCCACCGGCAGGCUCCGUCGUCACCAAGGCUUUCCGCGCCCUGUUCUACGGCAUGAAGGGCCGCUGGUCUAUCAACCCUGUCACCAUGUACAAGCGCACGCACGAUGGCUCUCUGUGGGAGGCGGUCAAGCCGUCCAACAUCCAACCGUCCCAAAGACCCUACUGGAUGACCUUUGACGAUGCGUGGGUCGAUGAGGUUCGUCGUGGCUUCAAGGCCUGUGCGGUCUUUUGUUGGUAUCCGUUAUACUGGCUGGCGUAUGGCCAGUUGACCAAUAACUUCACCGCCCAAGCCGGAACCAUGACUCUGCACGGCGUGCCCAACGAUGUCGUCAACAACCUGGACCCCUUCGCCCUCAUCAUAUUUAUCCCCAUCUGCGACUCGCUCUUGUAUCCCGGCCUUCGCCGACUGGGCAUCAACUUCUCUGCUAUCAAGAAGAUCACUGCCGGAUUCUGGCUCGCAUCGGCCGCCAUGAUCUGGGCCGCGGUCGUGCAAUACUACAUCUACAAGAAGUCUCCCUGCGGCUUCCACGCCAACAACUGCUUCAAUGACGACGGUACCGUUAACCCGGCCCCCAUCAACGUGUGGGCGCAGACUGGCUGCUACGUCCUCGUCGCCCUCUCCGAGAUCUUCGCCUCCAUCACGUCGCUCGAGUACGCCUACUCCAAGGCACCCACCAACAUGCGGUCGCUCGUGCAGGCCAUUGCUCUCUUCACUAAUGCCAUCUCCGCGGCCAUUGCUGAGGCCCUGAACCGCCUGAGUGGCGAUCCCCUGUUGAUCUGGAACUACGGAGUCUUUGCUGUCGUUGCCUUUGUGGGCGGUCUCCUGUUCAUCAUCCAAUUCUGGGCUCUCGACAAGGAAGAAGACGAGCUUAACUUGCUGCCCGAAGGCCACGUUUAUAUGGACAAGGAUCCAGAGGCAUUAUCCAUUGAAGAGACGCGACGUCCCACCACCAUUGAAGAGAAGAUUUAG